UCCGAUGUUGUGUAGCCAAACCAAGCUAGCUAACCUGCGCAUGUUCUGAAUCUUGUCCUGGUACUUCCGGUAGAAAGGAUUCUCCUCCAAGUUUUCUUCUUUCCGCACCGAGAAGGCUCGGAACCUCGGGGUGACCACGCCAGGAAUCAGCGGCCUGAUACCGGUUGCCUUGACGGCUAUCAUUCCUCUGUACGUACAUGUCAUUUGGACCAGGGCCGCCGCCAUCUUUCCAUCGCUUUUGUCCGACAUCUACAACACCCCGAUGAGAAACUGCUUUUAUUUACAUUGGUUCCGGGACACAAGGACGACAAAUACAUUACAAUAGCUGUCAAAUUUCAUGGUGGUUUAUAACUAGUGAGAACAAAAUAGCACAUAGUAUAACCGUUUAUUGAGCAAAAUAAAGUACAGAAAUGCAAAAACUAUACUAAUGGCUCUCAUUGAAAUCCAUCACACCACUAUCGAUCCGGUAGUGAUACCACCCUUAGUUUCGACAUUUGUAUCGACCCUUAUCCUACGUUGCAGUGUUAGUGGCAGCUUAUCAGUAAAGCAGUGAAGUUGUAUUAAUGGGAAAGAUGCUUUGGUGGGCUGUGACUUCGCUGUUGAGUUUACUGAUCGUGUCAGAAAGCAAACAGAAGGACUUUUAUACUUUCAAAGUUGUCAACAGCAGAGGAAAAUUGAUAUCACUGGAAAAAUACCGGGGCUCGGUGUCCCUUGUGGUAAACGUCGCCAGCGAAUGCGGCUUCACCGAGGAACACUACAAAGCCCUUCAGAAACUCCAACGGGACUUUGGGCCGUACCACUUCAACGUGCUGGCGUUCCCCUGCAACCAGUUUGGACAACAGGAACCUGGCAGCGACAAGGAGAUCGACAGCUUUGUACGUCGAGUCUACGGCGUCUCCUUCCCCUUGUUUAGUAAAAUCGCUGUUGUCGGAACCGGAGCCAACAACAUCUACAAGUACCUCUUUGAAUCCUCUGGCAAGGAGCCUGACUGGAAUUUCUGGAAGUAUCUCAUUGAUGUCAAUGGAAAAGUGGUGGAUGCAUGGGGACCGCGGGUUUCUGUGGAUGAAAUCCGUCCAAAAAUAGCCGACAUGGUGCGGGAAAUAAUCAUAAAGAAGAAAGACGAGCUGUGAUGUUUUUUGGCAUGAAUUUAGGAAACAAAUAACAGUACCAAACUUAAGUCCUCCACAAAGCACUGAUGAAUUAGCCAUAUUUUCACUUCAAUUUUACACUUCCAAGAAUUGAUACUUUUUUUUGGAGUGUUUUGGUUUAGUAUUCAUUUAGUAGUAUUCAUUUUGAAAUGUGAAAUAAAUGUGUUUUGGGCAGGCUUGGCUGAACAUUUGAUGUAUUCAAGAAAUACUCAGGAGUCAAAGAUUUUGUAUUUUUUUUUUAGCCUUUGUCAGUUUUAAUUGACUUAUAUUAUUAAAGGGGAACUGUAAGUACUCUUUGGGGGAAUUUUGCCCAUCAUUCCCUGUCCUUAUGUGAAACAUGAACACAUAUUUCUUUCCCUUUUUUGUGCAUUCUAGUGCAAGAAAACG